UAACAUAUACCAAAAACAUGGGUGGUGGUGUUACUAUCAUGAUGGUGGCCAUGAUGAUGGUGCUAGCCAUAUCCGGGUUGAACGCGUCCAAGCACAGAGCAGGACCAAGUGCUGCUCAAUGCCAUAAUGAGAAACAGUUAGCGGUGAAUGCCUGCUCUUCGGUGUUGCAAGGAGGGCGUCCAAGCGCACAGUGUUGCCGUCGGGUAAGGGUUACCCAUGCGAAGUGCAUAUGUCCGGAUGUCACACCCGAGUUAGUUAGAGCGGUCGGAGGCAUCGCUCGAGCCGUUAGGCUCAUAACAAGCUGUGGUAGAAAAGUUCCUCAUCAUUUCAAAUGUGGAAGUGUGACUACUCCAUAAUGGUUGAUUGUCGGCUAAACCGUUUAUAUAUGUAUUCCUUUAGGUUAAAAACAAUGGUGUAAUAUUACUUUCUGUUUAGUCUUUGUUGAAAAUAUUAAUCCAAAUUAUGGUGUAUUAUUA